AGGGCAAAGUAAGGUUUAGAUCUAUUCUAUUGCCUCCUACCCAGUUUCACUUAGGUAGACCAUGGCUCUGUCACUGCUGGAAACUCUGCAGGACCCUCAGCUGGUGGCCCAAUUCCAAAGGUUCUGUGGUUUGACCCUAAAGACGAAGGGUGAGGCUAAUGGAGCAGCUCCAGGGCAUAGCUCUGAGAAAACGGCAGGGGUCAAGGGAGUUCCCCAAGAAAAUGGCCACGUGCCCUACAUCAAUGGAUCAUAUACAAAUGGAACACAUAGACAGGGUCGGGAGAAAAAGUAUGUGGUCCACAACUACUUGCUGUACUACCUCUUCAGAUUUGCUGCCGCACUGGGCCAGGAAAUAUUUUAUAUCACGUUCCUUCCUUUUACCUUAUGGAAUAUAGAUUCUUUUAUCGCAAGACGACUGAUCAUAGUCUGGUGUAUUGUUAUGUACAUAGGUCAAGCUUCUAAAGAUCUUCUAAAGUGGCCUCGUCCUUCCUCUCCUCCAGUGGCAAAGCUUGAAACUAGAGUGGAAGCUGAAUAUGGCAUGCCAUCAACACACGCCAUUGCUGCCACUGCAAUCUCUUUCACGUAUUUGUUGGCCGCCAUGGAACGAUACCAGUUUCCGUUUGCGUUUGGAUUUGUGGCCGCCCUUUUCCUCUCCACCCUGGUGUCCCUCAGCCGGCUGUAUACAGGGAUGCACACAGUGCUGGAUGUGAUUUGUGGCGCUGUGAUCGCACUGUUAUUUCUAGCAGUGACAUUUCCGUUGUGGGACUCAGUGGAUCAUCUGAUUCUGACCAGCCCAAUAUGUCCUGUAUUUUCUCUCGUUUUUGGUUUUCUUCUGAGCUACAACUACCCAAAGUUGGACCACUACAGCACUACUCGAGCAGACACCACCGUUAUACUGGGCGUGGGAGCCGGGACCUGUGUGGGUACAUGGAUCCUCAAUUUGAUAGGACUGACUUAUGUGCCUUCUGGACCGUUCCCGCUUAGCAUCCCCCCAAUAACAUAUCCUAUGCUGCUUAAGCAACUACUGAGGUUUGUUCUUGGUGUUGCACUUCUGGUAAUAACACGGUACUUUGCUAAGACACUUUCUCUCAAAGCUCUGGGCUUGCGGUACAAAGUCUCAACUCAAGAUGUACUGGUUAGGCAAAGGCUGGAGAUUGAGGUACCCUAUAAAUUUGUGACUUAUACAUCAAUGGGUGUAGUUGCCAAUUCAACUGUCCCUUGGAUAUAUUAUUUGUUGAAUUUAUAAGAAGAGCAGAAGUGGGAGAUCAAUUUGGAAGAUAAAUCGGUCCAGUGUCCAAUCCCGUUCCUACUAUUGGUUGUGCUACAGAACCGUAAAUUUGGAGGACUGUACUCAACAUGGACAAUGGGCCAGUGUAUGACUCCUUGAUGAUUUCCACUCAUCUGCUGAGCUCCCAACCACAGCAAGAUGCUCUAUUACUAUUUAUGAGAAGGCAUAAUGGACACUUCCAAACUUCACAAUUAUUUUUGGACAUAAGACUGAACUAUAAUAUGAUGCUAAAGAAAUGACUUUGGAAAAAGUGACCGUUUACAGUAUUUCUACUGCACUGAUUUUGUAUUCCCUGUCUGUCUGAUGCCGUAUAAUUUACAGAUGAUAAUGUAAUGAGCGGCUUAUGAAGCAGCAGUAUAUUUAUGUCUCUGCCUAUUGUGGCCUCAGGUUUAUUCUGAAUGUACCCAGAGCGGCUUCUAAACCUAGAGCUUACAGGGAUCAAACUAUUGGGGUGACUGCACUCAUGACCCAGAUGGCGAGUUGUACGUCUCCGCCAUACCUGCUCUAAUAAAGGUAUUACUGGAUUUCUUAAAGAUGUUGUACAUGAAUAUUAAA